AUGCCUCUUCCCCCAGAGAUCAUCGACCAAAUCGUCGACCAAUAUGUUUCAGUAGCCAGAGUCCAGACCUUUCAUGAGGUCCGUGACCUCGAUGAGUGGGUUAACUUCACGGGCGGCCGGGACUCCACAGCGGUAUUCUACGGUGGGGAGAACGAGCCGUACGAAUCGACCUUCUUUCGUACGGAUCUAGACCUUCAGGCCUUGUCAAAUUUGCGCCUUGUAUCCCGCCAGUGGAAUCGCUCUGCUAACAGGCUCUUUCGGAGGCAUCUUUGGUGGCACAUUCGUCUUGAUGACCCCGACCUGAUCAAACGUAUUGCAGCCUGUUGUGGCGAUCAAAAUGCUAGUCUGAGCAGUUGCGUGAGAAGUCUGAACCUUGAGGACAUGCACGACUUGAAUUCUUUCUCGCGACUCUACUCCUUUGAUUGGCAAGAGUUUGUAGGCCAAGAUGUGGACCCAAACUACAUUGUCCUAAACUCUAGCUAUGUUGAUUCUCCCAGCUCUUAUGGCAAACGUGGAUUGCGAGCAGACCCGCAGUUGCAUUAUGACAAAACGGAUGAACAUACCGUGAUCCGCCGUCUUUUCGACUCACUCAAUCGUGUCGAGCAAUUCACCGCAAGCGUUAUGGGCGCUUACAGUCGAGAGAACUUGCGGGCCAAUUGCUAUGAUAUGGAGGGAAUGAACGAAUUCGUCAUGACCAUUCAAUAUGGACUGAGAGCUACGGCACUCAAUCACCUCACGGACCUCAGUCUGUUGAUUCCCAGCACAUGGUAUGUUGGAGAAAUUACAAACGCGCUAUCUCAAGAUGCCCGCAAUCAACUGCGGAAACUCCGCUUAGUCAUUGUCGAUGAAACGGGGCCAGGUGGGAGCGACUGGCAGAUGAUAUCCGAUGGCGAUGACUACAACGACGGAGACUUCACGGACAUUGCUGGAACCGGUUAUGCUCCAAGCAACAUUCAAGUUGAGUAUCCCAACAGAGAGCAUCAGGAUGCCCUUUGGGCAUUCGUUGGAUCCUGCCAAAGGCUUGAAUCACUGGCCAUCAUCGCGUCACACUAUCUUGAACUUGAUCGACUCCGAUGGAGCCCACAACCUGGAUAUAGGGGUUUGGUAGACCUCGCACUUCACCGUAUCUGGACGAACGUACAGUCGAUCUUGAAGCUCUUGGCAGUCGCACCCGCAAAUGAAACCAAGCUGCCACCUGUAGCCCGGCGGAUUUCUCUUGAGGACAUCAAGGUGUACGGAGACGGUGGUAACUGGGACAAAGUCUUUGUCUUUCUGCGGACACAGUGCCCCGACCUGGAGCUUUUUCGCGCCUCCCAGUUGACUUACUUCACCAACCAUGCGCGGCAUCAACAUAAUAGCAGACCGUGGGAGAACUGGAAUGAUAUCUGGACAGAGGAUGAUCAAGAAAAUCAUGACAGGCAUCAUUUACACAUGGUGGAUAGAAAGCUUAGUAACAGGGGUGGUAGUGAGGCAUACUACAGUCACUAUCCGGUCUCCACACUCGGUUCAGAUUCUGAGUGGGGUGAUGAUUAUGAUACAGAGACGAGCUGGGAACCAGGCAACUGA